ACCCGCUACACACUGCGACUCUGACACACGCGCUCCGGUAUCCAGCUCCAGUAAGUCUGACAAACUUUACAAACGGAGACGUCGUGGCCGGUCACGGGUUGAGAAAUGAUAUCGAUGAACAGCUUGUUAUCGCUGCUGACUUUGUCUCACGGCAAGACGGUGGUCUACUUGUGUACUUUACUCUGUAGCUGCUUGACUUUUCUGGUAAUCCGCCAGCUGUUGCGGCAGCGGAGACCGCGCGGCUUUCCCCCGGGACCCGCCGCCCUGCCGGUGAUCGGUAACAUCCUGUCUCUUGCCACAGAGCCGCAUGUCUACAUGAAGAAGCAAUGCGAAAUCUACGGCCAGAUCUUUAGUCUCGACUUGGGAGGAAUAUCAACUGUCAUUUUAAACGGCUAUGAUGUCAUCAAAGAAUGUCUGUAUCACCAGAAUGAGGUGUUUGCAGAUAGGCCAUCUCUACCAUUAUUCCAGAAAAUGACCAAAAUGGGAGGACUUCUCAACUGCAAAUAUGGUCGUGGAUGGAUUGAGCACCGCAAGCUGGCUGUUAACAGCUUCCGCUAUUUUGGCAGUGGGCAGAUGAUGUUUCAGAGGAUAUCUGAGGAGUGCAUGUUCUUUGUUGAUGCCAUUGACAAGCACAAGGGAAAACCUUUUAACCCAAAACACCUUGUUACCAAUGCAGUCUCCAAUGUUACCAACUUUGUAAUAUUUGGACAGAGAUUCACCUAUGAUGACGUGGACUUCCAGCACAUGAUCGAAAUCUUCAGUGAGAACGUGGAGCUGGCUGCUAGUGCCUGGGCUUUCCUCUAUAAUGCUUUCCCCUGGCUUGAAUACGUGCCUUUUGGGAAGCACCAGAGGCUCUUCCGCAAUGCUGAUGAAGUGUAUACCUUUCUGCAACAGAUAAUUGAACGCUUUGCUCAGGGACGAGUGCGGCAAUUGCCAAGACAUUACAUCGAUACUUACUUGGAUGAAAUGGAACAAAGCGCUAGGGACAAGAGCAUGUCCUUCUCCAUAGAGAACUUGAUCUUCUCAGUUGGAGAACUUAUUAUUGCAGGCACAGAGACCACUACUAAUACCUUGCGCUGGGCCAUGCUCUACCUGGCUCUCUACCCCAGUAUACAAGAAAAGGUUCACAGGGAGAUUGACUCCAUUUUAAAUGGCAAGUUACCAACCCUGGAGGACAAACAGAAGAUGCCUUAUGUGGAAGCAGUGUUGCACGAAAUCUUGCGCUUCUGCAACAUUGUUCCUCUUGGCAUCUUCCGGGCCACUUCUCAGGAUGCUGUCGUGAGAGGAUACACCAUCCCCCAAGGGACCAUGGUCAUUACCAACCUUUAUUCUGUGCACUUUGAUGAGAAAUAUUGGAGCAAUCCUGCUAUCUUCUGCCCCGAGAGGUUUCUGGACAGAAAUGGAAACUUCAUAAAGCGGGAGGCUUUUCUUCCCUUUUCAGUGGGUAGACGCCAAUGUCUUGGUGAGCAGCUGGCCAGAAUGGAGAUGUUCCUUUUCUUUACCACUCUGCUUCAGAGGUUUCGCCUGCAGUUUCCCAAAGGCUACAUUCCAAGCCUUACUCCUAAACUUGGCAUGACCCUGCAGCCACAGCCUUAUACCAUAUGCGCUAUCAGGAGACAGCAAUAAAACUUCAUCUGUCCACCGAAGGCAGAUAUUCUCUCACCUCAGGGGAUCUUAUUGACAAAAAGAACUAACCAGCUCUGAGCUUUCUUGCUCAGAAUUCUGUCAUGUUUGGCAGAAAGCACUGACCUCUGACUGUGCAGAAUUUUUUAAAGUGUACACUAUAUGGUUUGAUGAAGAUCAUGCAGAGAGUGAGCAGUGAAUGAGGCUGCUUUUUAUAUAUAUAUAUAUAGCCUGAGAACACUGUUGAAAAUGUGAGUUGUGUAACUUGAACUUGCCAAAAAAACUGCACUGUGGUUAUAAGUGUAAGGGAAGUCAUGUUAUGUCAAUUAUUUACAGAGUGCACCUUUUGAACAGUUUUGCAGACCUUUUUUUCUUUUUAAAACAUUCCUCGAAAUUGAGAACACACAGUUCUCUCAUUGGUGUCGCAGACUGAAAGGACAACAGCUGUCUUUCUCAGAAAACUUUACAAAUGCCACUCGCGUAACACUGACUCGUGUCCAUGUAGCAGUGCUGAACUGUGUUUUAUCUCAGAAGAAUUAAAGCUGCCAGGCCAUAGGCCCGCAACUGUCCACUGGAGGGUCAUUGGAAUUGACAUUUUUAUAUACACUUUGUAGGAAGUCAGAAUUUUGUACCAAAACAUAUGCCUUUAUUAUAUUUAAUACUGUAAAGUUAACACAGAAUAAACAGAAAAUAAAUCAUUUUGACUGUGCUACAAUAUUGGGUUUGUUUAGUGACUAACAUUCUUCAAAUUUUCUCCUAGAGCUCUUUAUAGCCACGUUACAUGUAGCCUUAAAAUAGG